AUGAGGUUAUUUGUUAGGGGGAUAUCAUGGGAGGCAACUGAUGAAGUUUUGAAACAACACUUUAGCAAGUAUGGAACGAUGGUUGGGUCUGAGAUUGUAAAGGACCGAAACAGUGGCCAUCCCAGAGGCUUUGCUUUUGUCGCAUUUUCUCAAUCCUCUUUUGUUAAUCAUGCCCUUAAAGAUUCACAUCACAUUCUUGGAAGAACAUUGAGUGGAAAGCUGGUGGUGGUUAAGAGGGCUAUACCUAAAGAUGGAAUAAGCAGUAGUAGCAAUCGUUAUGGAAUGCUAGGUGGUGAACAAAGGUUUAACUAUGAUCAGCAAGGGGGACUCCCUUACAAUGACAGGUUUGGGUAUCUCCCAUCUGAAUAUGGUAGUCUUGCUGGUUAUCCAUAUGGAGCUGGAAGUUUUGGUGGUGGAUAUGGUGAAAUUGGUUAUGGGCUCAACCCUGGAGCACCUACGAGUCCCUGGAGAAGACCUGAAAUGGUUGGUGAUAGGGAAAGUUUCUUGCUUUAUAGCAGUGCAGCUCCUGUCUAUCUCACCUACUUUAAUGGUGGAGCUGGAGUGAUGUGUACGACUGCAACAACCCUGCUACACAGCCAGGUUCGUACUGCAAAAGUGGAAAAGCGAAUAAAUGAGAUAAUUAACCGGUUAAACAGGACAAAGGUGGAAAGGAACCCUGAUUUCAAAGCUGAACGAAAGGCAGUCCAUGCGGCUGAAAGAUCAGAAAGGAAACAACAAUUUAGAGAGAAAGCGAGUCAUAACUUCUCUGUUAAUUUUAUUGCUGUAAAAUACAUAUAA